CGAUCUUCAGAGAGCUACAUACAAGUCGAGACGCGAGAGGUGGCUUCCAUCCCGACAUAAUUGUCUUCUUCCACCUUUCACCAGUUUCCUUUUGCGUUAGGGUUUUUGGUUGCAGUCAUGGCAAGCGCUGAAAUUGGAAUACCAGCGACAUGCGGGAUAUGCUCAGACCAGUGCAAGGAGCCCCUGUUGCUGCCUUGUCUGCACUCGUCGUGCCAAUCAUGUUUGGAUGCUCCUGAGAACCAGACCGCAAACGUUGUCCACUGCAAGGCUUGUGACAAGUCCUUCGUCACCGAGGUGUCCAAUCUCCCGGCCAAUUGUUUCUUGUCGCGCUCCCUUUCCGAAAGCCAGGAGCAGAAAGUUGAGGCCACUGUAAUUUGCAACCAGCACCCGAACGUUGAGGCAGCCGAUGCCAUGUAUUGCAAGCCAUGCCGGAAAGUCAUAUGUCCGAUGUUCAACUGCAUCAAGAAAGAGCAUGCUGAUCACGAAGUCAAGCAGUUGCAAGAGUUGGUGGCUGAAACGGACGCGGUUCGCCAGAGCCUGCGCACGGCCGCCAGCCAAGUGUCCAACACGUUGAGCACGUCAGCCCGGCAAGCUAGCGAUGCCGUUAACGCUCGCCUCGACGCCCAGCGAGCGCAGAUCGAAGAAGCCCGCUGUAGUCUUCGCAAGGCGGUCGACGAUCGUGUGCAGCAGAUCAAGGACCAGCUGGAACAGGACCUGCAGCGCAUCGUCGAGUACGAAGCCACCUGCGAGAAAAGCUGCAAGUCACGGCUCCAGGAGCUCAGCACUGAGACGGAACUUGCCGACCGCUGCAUUGCUUUCGCCGAGGCUCUUGCCAAGAACGGCAAUGAGGAGGAUAUAUCGGCCUUGUCGAAGCCAGUCAUCAAAUCACUAGAGCUGCUCCGCGACAAGCCGAUACAGAACAAGCCACCGGCACUCGGUCGCAUUUCGCACGAAGAGUCGGAGGAGGACGAGACGCAAGCACAGCAGGCUCUGCGCAACCUGCUAGGCGAGCUCUCUAUCGUUCACGUCAGCGGCCGCUUCUCUACGUCCAACAUCCCCAAGGACAGCGAAGGAACCGUGCAAGCCCUGUCCGGUGCUACCGCGUCGAUGCUCGUCACUUGCCGCACGUCCGACGGCAAGACGCACGUCAGCAGUGACAAUCGCCUGUGCGCAACCUGGGAGCAAAUCCCCGAGGAGAUGGAUGAGCAGCCUGUGGUGGAGGUGAACGACAACAAUGAUGGCACAUACAAGCUCUCCUACACAUUGCCGAAGGAUGGCAAGUACAAGCUCCGCAUCGCGAUGAACGGAGAUGAGCUUGGGGACAGUCCGUACAACUUUGUGGCGUCCUGUGGCAAGUGGGGCCUUGACCCUGAGCAGUGCAGCAAGGGCGUCAGCAUCAAGGAUGAUGGCAAGAAGGUGGUGAAGAAUGCGCUAGGCCACUCCAGCAUACUGGGGCUCAUCGGCUGGGAGCAGGGCGUGCAGACCUGGCGCAUCAAGGUCUCGCAGAAGCAGAACUGCUACGCCGGCGUUGCUCUGCGCGUGCCCGAGGCCAUGACGUGGAAAGGAAGCAAGUCGCCGCCGGUCGUAUGGUGCUUCUCGUCGAACGGCUACAAAUACUCCGAUGUUGGCGUCGAAGGGAAAAUACUUGGUGAGCAAGACGGCGAUGUGGACAUCACACUCGACUGCGAUAAUCACACUCUGAAGAUGAAGAAUCUAGACACGGGCGACGAGGACGAGAUAACCGAUUUGCCAGCCGGCACCAAGUUCUACCCGUGGUUUCAUCUGUACUACAUCAAGACGUCGUUCUCAAUCAUCACCGACGACGAAUAAAUAAAUUGUGUGUAUGAGGCUGCCUGCCUGGAGUCCAAGCCGUUCCAAAGUGACAGCAGACUGGUAGAGCCGAGGGGCGUAAUGAGCCGCUCACAGCAACAUCUUACAUCAAGCUGAACUAUUAUUCAUAUCCGCAUCCGGGCUGCCUCAGUUCUCGUCAUCCUAAGCGCUUCAAGUCCGUCUUUCUUGAUUGCUUGCCUGGAAUGUCGAGACUAGUAUGGCUUAGGCUAUGAGUGUACACGACGGGUGAUGACUACAGGUACAUAAGAGAAACUAAUCGAUUUCUAAAUUGAUCAACACUUCAAAUAAUGGAUAUUCUGAGACUGAGCCGGCAACUAGAUGCCGUCUUGUCAUUCGUGUACAGGUAGGGAUCGCUCUUAACUGUUAGACCUGCACGUAUAUUUAGGGCAACGAACAUGCUUUACAAUUUCAAUGUUAUGCUCCGUCGCUAAGCCAGCUGGGCUCCUCUUGCGCCGGGCACUGGCACUCUACUGUAAAAAUAUGACUUUUAUCAGCUGUCACUAUUCUCAUCCGAUCUACUUUUCUCAGAUAUUUUCUCCUGGUACAGUCUGUAUCGGCUAUAGCGUACCCUUUUGAUUUCCGUGAUUUUAUCACUAUAACCGAUGCAUCACUAUAUGCGAUACGAUCGAUUUUUUUCGAUCGACACAUGAAAGGCAAGGAAAUACUUCCAGCAUGGCAUUUUGACAAAUGAGCAUGCUGCAUAGUUGACAGUGCCCGCAUUUCCAUAAAAAAAUCUGUUAUGUACAUGUACAUGUGUCAAUAUCAAAAUAAUCAACGUGAAGAAAGUAAAAAAAUAGGGCCUUUGAUAUUAUUGCAACAUGUAUUAUCACUAUAGCCGAUAAUAAUGUAGUGUGUUAUGCAUGUUUUGAUUCUUUGUUGCCAUCAUAAUAUCCGAUAUAUCAUUACAUCCGAUAAUAUUGGUUAUAGUGAUAUUUGUACUGGAUAAAAUAGGUUUUGCUUUUGAUAUUUCGUACCAAUAUCACUGUAGCCGAUAUAUUCUUAUAUCCGGUCACUCUAUAGCCGAUACAGACUGUAUUUUGACUUUUCGAGGCGGCCUUCAUAUCGUGUCCUAUCACUGUACCAGUUCUGUUCAGUCUAUCUCUGCUCGCAGUCUUGUGUCGUGGUUUCUUCUGCAGAGCUGAGUUUGUAUUUUGCUUGCUCCAUUUGCAGAAGCGAAUAUGGUAUCAUUUGUGGCAUGUCCAAUCCACUGCCUCCAUUGAUGCAUCCUUGUUAGAUUUUUAUCCUGCACUUCACCCUAGCAUGGAUCAAUUUUUUUGCAGUGUAUUUAGUUUAUAUGGGCAAUCAUCGUGAAUUGCCGUCUGUGCGGAACUUCAUUACAGUCAGACCUCGCUUAUCCGGUCCUCUUUAUCCGGAUCCCUCGCCAUCCGGAAGAAAAUUGUUGGUUACCGAUUUACAGCAUUUGCCAUGCAUACACACAGUAUGUGUGUUCGAUUAUCCGGUUCCC